AUGGAGGAGGAGGAUAUGGUGAGGGCGGUGGUGGUGAUUUGUAGUAAUAUGGUGGUGGAGGUGAUGGGGAAGGUGGUGGUGGGGACAUGUAAUAGUAAGGUGGUGGGGGUGACGGAGAAGGAGGUGGUGGUGAUUUGUAGUAAUAUGGAGGGGGCGGGGAUGGAGAUGGUGGAGGUGGUGAUUUAUAGUAGUAAGGAGGAGGAGGUGAGGGUGAUGGUGGUGGAGGAGACUUGUAGUAGUAUGGCGGUGGAGGGGAUGGAGACGGUGGUGGAGGAGAUUUGUAAUAGUACAGUGGUGGAGGAGAUGGUGAUGGUGGUGGUGGAGACUUGUAGAUAUAAGGAGGUGGUGGUGAAUUAUAGUAAUAGGGUGGUGGAGGAGAAGGAGAAGGUGGUGGUGGUGAUUUGUACAUGUAAGGAGGAGGAGGUGAUGGAGAUGGAGGAGGUGGGGACUUGUACAUGUAAGGAGGUGGGGGUGAUGGCGAAGGUGGGGGUGGUGACUUAUAAUAGUAAGGAGGCGGAGGAGAGGAAGAUGGCGGUGGUGGUGAUUUAUAAUAAUAGGGAGGUGGGGGAGAAGGUGAUGGGGGAGGAGGGGACUUGUAAUAGUAUGGAGGUGGUGGUGAUGGAGAUGGUGGUGGUGGUGGUGGUGACGUGUAAUAAUAGGGCGGAGGAGGUGAUGGUGAUGGUGGUGGAGGAGAUUUGUAAUAGUACGGUGGUGGAGGAGAUGGUGAUGGUGGUGGUGGAGAUUUGUAGAUGUAAGGAGGUGGUGGUGAAGGAGAUGGAGGUGGUGGUGACUUAUAGUAAUAGGGUGGUGGAGGAAAGGGAGAUGGCGGUGGUGGUGAUUUGUACAUGUAAGGAGGAGGUGGCGAUGGAGAUGGAGGAGGUGGUGAUUUGUACAUGUAAGGAGGCGGGGGUGAUGGGGAAGGUGGGGGUGGUGACUUAUAAUAGUAAGGAGGAGGAGGAGAGGAAGAUGGCGAUGGUGGUGAUUUAUAAUAAUAGGGAGGUGGGGGAGAAGGUGAUGGGGGAGGAGGGGACUUGUAAUAGUAUGGAGGUGGUGGUGAUGGAGAUGGUGGUGGUGGUGACUUGUAGUAAUAUGGGGGAGGGGAUGGUGAUGGAGGAGGAGGCGAGUUGUAGUAGUAUGGUGGUGGAGGUGAGGGUGACCACUGUGGUGGUGACUUGUAAUAGUAAGGAGGUGGGGAUGGUGGAGAUGCAUAAUAGUAUGGCUCAUGGUCGGCUGCUACAUUUGUGGCUAUGA